GAGUCUGCUACCUGGCAGGCUGGCAGCCCACGAGCCCGCGCCGCUCCAUCCGCAGCCGGCACACUCGCGACGGCGCGACCCGGCCAUCCGGUUCGGUUUGACAAGCGCCCGUAUCACAUUCGCACACACCUCCGCCUCCCUCGCCGUCUCUCUUCCCCGUCUAGCACCGCCGCUGUCUCCUCUUCCUUAGGCCUCGCUCUACGCCUCUACCAGUCUACCUCCCAUGAAACCCUAAUUCCCGCAAAACCCUGACUCCAACACCCGCGUCCGCUGCCAUGUCGCCUCCUCUCCAGGCGCCGGACUACAAGUACGUCACCGAGGAGUGCCUCCGCGAAUGGAAGAGCCAGUCCGCCGCCGGCUUCCGCCUCCCCGAUCCGGUCCCCAUGGCGCGGUUCCUCUACGAGCUGUGCUGGGCGAUUGUGCGGGGCGACCUUCCGCCGCAGAAGUGCCGGGUGGCGCUGGAUUCGGUGGUGUUCGUGGAGGAGGCAUGGCACGAGGAGUCCGGCUCUGUGCUCGCGGACAUCGUCGCCCACCUAGGGCAGGAUAUUACAAUUUCUGGCGAGUAUCGCAACCGCCUUGUCAAAAUGACUAAGUCAUUUGUGGAGUCUUCGUUGAUUGUGCCUAGGCUUCUUCAAGAGCGAUGUGAAGAAGAGUUCCUAUGGGAGGUUGAGCAGAGUAAGUCCAAGGGCCAGGAUUUAAAAGCCAAAGAGGUCAGAGUCAACACGCGACUUCUUUAUCAGCAAACUAAAUUCAACCUUUUAAGAGAGGAAAGCGAGGGCUACGCCAAGUUGGUCACCCUACUUUGUCAAGUUGGUUCAGAUUUGGCUUGCCAAAAUGCUUCUUCAGCUACUAUCAGCAUUAUAAAGUCAUUAAUUGGGCACUUUGACCUGGACCCGAAUCGCGUAUUUGACAUAGUGUUGGAAUGUUUUGAACUCUAUCCAGAUAACAGUACCUUUUACCAGCUUAUACCUCUUUUUCCAAAGUCCCAUGCUGCUCAAAUUUUAGGGUUCAAAUUCCAAUACUAUCAACAAUUGGAUGUCAACAGCCCUGUUCCAUCUGGUCUUUUCCGAAUAGCAGCCUUGUUGGUGAAAUCUGGUCUUAUUGAUCUUGAUAAUCUCUACGCCCAUUUACUUCCAAAUGAUGAUGAGGCAUUCGAGCAUUUUGGGUCCUUUGUUUCAAGGAGAAUUGAUGAGGCUACUAAAAUCGGCAAAAUAAAUCUUGCUGCUACUGGGAAAGACCUUAUGGAUGAUGAGAAGCAAGAAAUAACAAUUGAUUUGUACACAGCAUUGGAGAUGGAGAAUGAUAUAAUUGAGGAGCGAGCCCCUGAGAUAGAAAAGAACCAGAAGCUUGGACUUCUUCUUGGUUUCCUCUCAGUUCAUGAUUGGGAUCACGCCCAGCUACUCUUUGAGCGUCUCGCACAGCUAAAUCCUGUCGAGCACAUUGAAAUUUGUGAUGGAUUAUUUAGAGUUAUUGAAAAGACUAUUUCAUCAGCCUACACUAUAUAUUGUCAAGCACAUCAUAAAAUCCCCGGUAACAUCGACACUCACAUGGUAGAAGCAUCAUCUGUCUCUUCACCAAGUUAUUUGGUUGAUCUGCCGAAAGAGUUUUUCCAAAUGCUUGCUGCUUGUGGACCGUACCUUCAUCGUGACACACAAUUAUUUCAGAAGGUUUGCAGAGUGCUAAAAGUGUAUCACGUCCGAUCAAAAGACUCAGCACGUACAGCUGGUGUAAUGUCUUCAGAAUCUCGUGUCGAGGAAGCACUUGGGUCAUGCUUGCUUCCUUCAUUGCAGCUUAUACCUGCUAAUCCUGCUGUUGAUAUGGAGAUAUGGGGAGUUCUUUCCCUUCUUCCUUACGAGGUACGCUAUCGGUUGUAUGGUGAGUGGGAGAAGGACACUGAACAAAAUCCAAUUGUCCUUGCUGCAAGGCAGACAGCAAAGCUCGACACCAGAAGGCUCUUAAAAAGGCUGGCCAAGGAAAAUCUUAAGCAGCUUGGCCGCAUGGUGGCUAAACUUGCUCAUGCAAAUCCAAUGACCGUACUUCGGACAAUUGUCACACAGGUUGAAGCAUACAGGGACAUGAUAAAUCCUGUUGUGGAUGCUUUUAAAUACUUGACCCAGCUGGAGUAUGAUAUCUUGCAAUAUAUUGUAAUUGAACGGUUGGCUCAAGGUGGUCGUGAGAAAGUAAAAGAUGAUGGUCUUAAUCUGUCAGACUGGCUUCAGUGUCUUGCAUCAUUUUGGGGACACCUCUGCAAGAAGCAUCUUUCCAUGGAGCUAAAAUGCCUUUUCCAAUACAUUGUUAAUCAACUGAAGAAAGGAUUGGGCACCGAGCUUGUUGUACUGGAGGAACUGAUUCAGCAAAUGGCAAAUGUACAGUAUACUGAGAACAUGACAGAUGAACAGGUUGAUGCUAUGGCAGGGAGUGAAACAUUGCGGCUUCAAUCUUCACUAUUUGGAUCCACAAGGAAUUAUAAGGUCCUGAAUAAGUCUAUGAAUAAGUUGCGGGAUUCUUUGCUUCCGAAAGAUGAACCAACACUUGCUAUUCCUCUAUUACUGCUUAUUGCUCAGCAUCGAUCUAAGAUUAUAAUAAAUGCAGAUGCUACAUAUAUCAAAAUGGUCAGCGAGCAGUUUGAUAGAUGUCAUGGUAUACUGCUUCAGUAUGCUGAGUUUCUUUCAAGUGCUGUAACUCCAGCGAUCUAUAUUCAACUAAUACCUCCACUGGAAGAUUUGGUUUAUAAAUAUCAUAUUGAGCCAGACGUUGCUUUCCUUAUAUACCGCCCGGUGAUGAGGCUUUUCAAAAGCGCAAAUGGCGGUGACACCUGUUGGCCUCUGGAUGACAAUGAAGAAGGGGAGUCUGUGUCUUGUGAUGAUAUGAUCUUGCAUGGUGAUUCAUCUCAGAAGUUAAUCAUGUGGUCUGAUCUUCUUAACACAAUCCGGACAAUUUUGCCAACAAAAGCCUGGAUCGCUCUUUCACCUGAGUUAUACGCUACUUUCUGGGGUUUAACACUAUAUGAUCUUCAUUUUCCAAAAGAUCGUUAUGAUGCAGAAAUCAAGAAGCUGCAUGACAAUCUGAAACAACUUGAAGAUAACUCAGAUAAUUCUAGCAUUGCAAUAUCACGACGUAAGAAGGAUAAGGAGAGAAUCCAAGAUUUACUUGACAAAUUGAACAAUGAAUCUGAGAAGCACCAACAACAUGUCGUAUCAGUGUUCCAAAGGCUAACCCGUGAAAAGGACAAGUGGCUGAGUUCUAGUCCAGACGCACUGAAGAUUAACAUGGAAUUUCUCCAGCGUUGCGUAUACCCACGCUGUGUUCUUAGCAUGCAGGAUGCUGUGUAUUGCGCUACAUUUGUCCAGACGAUGCAUUCACUUGGGACUCCAUUUUUCAACACGGUCAAUCAUAUUGAUGUUUUCAUCUGCAAGACACUGCAGCCAAUGAUCUGUUGUUGUACAGAAUAUGAGGCAGGCAGGCUUGGAAGGUUUCUUCACGAGACACUGAAGAUGGCCUACCAUUGGAAGAGUGAUGAAUCAGUAUAUGAGCGUGAAUGUGGAAAUAAGCCGGGAUUUGCUGUGUACUUCAGAUUUCCAAAUAGUCAACGUGUGUCUUAUACUCAGUUUAUUAAAGUUCAUUGGAAAUGGAGUGGAAGAAUUACAAAGGUGCUUAACCAAUGUAUGGAAUCAAAAGAAUACAUGGAAAUCAGAAAUGCCCUUAUUGUGCUCACAAAGAUUACUAGUAUUUUUCCCGUGAUUCGAAAAAGCGGUGUCAAUAUCGAGAAAAGGGUUGCAAAGCUAAAGGGGGAUGAGAGGGAAGAUCUGAAAGUACUGGCCACUGGUGUAGCUGCUGCUUUGGCAGCUCGCAAGAGUUCAUGGCUAUCUGAAGAAGAGUUUGGCAUGGGUCACCUUGAUACAAAGCCAGUGCCUGCGAAACCUAUUCCUGGAAAUCACUCGUCAGAUCCCUCGACAGCAAAAGAUCAGAUUGUUCGUGCGAAAUCUACAGAGGGUAGGCAUGAGAGAACAGAAAAUGCCAUGAAGCCUGAUGCUCAACAUAAGAACAAUCCCUUGCCUGCAAAUGGAUCUGAUAGUCAAAUACCAUCUUCCGUUGCACAAGGAAAAGUUUCAGGGGUUGCACGUGGUUCAGAUGAACCUCCAAAACUUCUCUCUGACGAGGGAGUUAAGGUUUUGAAGCCUACUACAGAAUCUGAGACAAGAGUAUCACAAAAGCGUGCCACACACAAUGCUGCAAAGGUAUCUAAGCAUGAUGCAGUGAAGGAACAUGCAAAAUCUGGGAAAUCUACCAGCAGGGGUCUUAAUCAACAAGCCUCUUCUCUUCCUAUCGAUAGACAAGUAUUGUCUCAGGCAGCUGAUGGUGUGCUGGAUACUAAUCCUACUAGUUCGUUCGUUGGCACCAAUGGUAACGUACAUCUGGUGCCGCGAAAGGUAUCAGCAUCUUCUCAAAGAUCAACAGUGUUGGCUGCACAUAGUGGCGGAACAGCUAAUCCCACCGGUGAAGGUGAAUCUACUGACUUGAUUGACUCUACCGUGAAACAGCAAAAAAGAUCUGUUCCAGCUGAAGAACAAGAGAGAAUAAGUAAACGGAGGAAAGGGGACAUUCAAGGCCGUGAUGGUGAGUUGACAGAACAACACACAGACAAAGAAAGAAAAUUGGACACACGAUCAGCAGAUAGAUUUCGCUCCGCGGAUCAUGAGAGGGGUGCUAGUGAGGAACAGAACAUAAUUAGGACAGACAAAUUAAAAGAAAAGUUUGAUGAUAAACAUGACAGAGAUCCCAGAGAAAAAGCAGACCAACUUGAGAGGCGCCGUGGGGAAGACGUGAUUGAGAGACCACUGGACAGAGCAUCGGAUAGGAGAGAGCGUUCUAUUGACAGGAUGCAAGACAUGGCUCCCGAAAAAGGAAGAGAAGACAGGAAUAAGGAGGAUAGAAACAAAGCUAAGCAUGCUGAACCCUCCGUAGAUCGAGCACAUAGUUCUGAUGAACGGUUCCCAGGGCAAAGCUUACCACCGCCUCCACCUCUUCCAGCAAGUUUUGUACCCCAAUCAGUUGGUUCUAACCGAAGAGAUGAAGAUAGUGGCCGAAGAGGUGGCAGCACAAGGCAUACUCAACGAUUGUCUCCCAGGCGCGAUGAGAAAGAAAGGUGGCAUUUGGAGGAGAAUGCUUCGUUGUUGCAGGAUGAUGGGAAACACAGAAGAGAGGAAGAUCUCCGGGAUAGAAAGCGUGAAGAUAGGGAUGUUUCAUCAAGCAAGGUAGAUGACAGGGAUAGGGACAAAGUUAGUACUAUGAAGGAGGACAGCGACCCUAACAGUGCUUCCAAACGGCGAAAGAUUAAGAGAGAGCAGUCUGCUUUAGAAGCUGGGGAAUAUGCACCUUCUGCUCCACAGCCUCCCAGCCUUGGAGCUGGUGGCUUGCAACUUGAAAUCCGAGAGAGAGAAAGAAAGGGUGUUAUCUCACAGCAUCGGCCAUCACAUGCUGAUGACCUUCCUAGGAUAACAAGCAAGACAAGCCGUAGAGAGGUUGACCAAACGCUCGAGAGAGAAUGGGAAGAGGAAAAGAGGCCUAGAACUGAAGCAAAAAGAAAGCAUUGGAAGUAGGUUUUCGUGAGGACUUUGGUCCUUCCCUAUAACAUGAUCUCACUUGAGAACGUGCAUGACCAACAGCGAACGAGAUGAUGUUUUCUUGUAGCGGGAAGAUCUAUUUGGGCAUGGUUUUUAAAGGUGUGCUGGGGCUUAAAGAGAACACGGGUUCAGUCCUUCACCCAAUACUUCAUCGAUGCUGUGUCCAGAUGCAAAAUUGUUACUCCCUCCGUUCCAUAAUUCUUGUCUCAAAUUUGCCCAAAUAUGGAUGUAUCUAUUCCUAAAAAGCGUCUAGAUAUAUGUAAUAUUUCGACAAGAAUUAUGAAACGGAGGGAGUAUAACAAUGUGGGGUGCAAGCAACAAACAUCUGGGUCAUGUGUCCGUUAAACAAAUUGUUAUGAAUCCUUUGGAGUGCGAGAAACAAAUCUGUGGGCGGUGCAUUAACUUUGAGAAAUUUUGUACUGUAAACAAGGAUGAGCAGAUAGUCAUCUAGAUAUUGUGUAAUUGAUUUGAUACUAACUGCAGAUAUGUUCGUUGUAGGGAGCAUUUGGGUUUCCCUUUUUUGCACUGUCUAGGAAUAAUGGUAGGGGUCAGAUCGAGCAGCAGGUUGUACAAAUCAUAGUUACAGUAGUUGCAUUAACCCGUGUAUUCUAGUUUGCACUGAGAUGGUUGCAAUUCAUGCAUUGCCAAACGAUGUGGUUACG